AUGAGUGGAAAAUUUGUUCGUGCUUCUAAAUAUAGACACGUCUUCGGCCAAGCAGCUAAAAAGGAACUGCAGUAUGAAAAACUCAAAGUAACCAACAAUGCAUGGGACUCCAACUUGUUAAAAACUAAUGGUAAAUUCAUUGCUGUGAACUGGAAUGCUUCCGGAGGUGGUGCAUUUGCUAUCGUUCCGAUCGAGGAAGUAGGCAAGGCUCCAGACCAAGUUCCUCUGUUUAGAGGUCACACUGCGCAAGUCCUGGAUACCGAUUUUGACCCGUUUAAUGAUCACAGAAUUGCUUCCUCUUCCGAUGAUUCUAAGAUUGGUAUUUGGGACAUACCAGAAGAGUACAAAUUUCAUAAUCAUGUAGACGAAGAUGGGGAGCCAAUUGAUAUUAAACCUGUAAAGUUUUUGACAGGACACGCAAGGAAAGUUGGACAUGUUCUUUAUCAUCCUGUCGCCGAGAAUGUAUUGGCGUCUUCUUCGGGUGACUACACUGUUAAGUUAUGGAAUGUAGAAACUGGAAAUGACAUGAUUACUUUGAAACAUCCGGAUAUGGUCACAUCUAUGUCAUUUUCGUACGAUGGUAAUUAUCUGGCCACGGUAGCACGAGAUAAGAAACUACGAGUCUGGGAUAUCAGAGAAGAAAAAAUUGUUAGCGAAGGGCCUGCACAUACCGGUGCAAAAAAUCAAAGGGUGGUAUGGUUAGGAAAUUCUGACAGAUUGGCUACCACCGGUUUUUCAAAAUUGAGUGAUCGCCAAAUCGGUAUUUGGGAUGCCUUCAACAUUGAAAAGGGAGAUUUGGGAGGUUUCUACACCGUUGACCAAUCAUCAGGUAUUUUGAUGCCCUUCUAUGACGAAGGCAAUAAAAUUCUUUACUUGGUGGGUAAGGGUGAUGGUAAUAUUCGAUAUUACGAAUUUCAAAACGAUGAGUUAUUUGAAUUAUCUGAAUUCCAAUCCACAGAAGCACAGAGAGGCUUUGCUGUAGCGCCAAAGCGAAUGGUGAACGUCAAAGAAAACGAAGUCCUGAAAGGUUUCAAGACUGUCGUUGAUCAACGUAUCGAACCGGUUUCAUUCUUUGUUCCAAGAAGAUCAGAAGAGUUUCAGGAAGAUAUCUAUCCGGAUGCACCUUCCGACAAGCCAGCUCUGACUGCAAAGGAGUGGUUUUCUGGUAAGUCUGUUGAAGGUCCAAUUCUUGUUAGUAUGAGAUCCAUCUAUGACGGUUCGGCACCAAGCUUCCAUGAAGCUAAAAGACCUGAACAGCCAACAACUCAAGAAGCUGCUCUUGAAGAUAAAGAAGAGCAAGCCAAAAAGGUGGAGAAGCCAAUUGGCGAGUCCAAGAAGGAAGUGAAACAAGAAGCUCUAAAAUCACCAUCGCCGGUAAAGGCGGCCUCCCCAUCGUCAACAAUCAACGAUGUGUUAAAGGAAGAUAAGUCGAUCAACAAUUUGUUGAGGAAAUCCUCGGAUAUUGAUCAAGUCAAUCACGCUGAAGAUCCGUCUAGAGAUACUUCUGGAUGGGAAGAAGCCGAUGAGGAGCCAGCUCCUAUUGAAAUCGAAACUACUGUCACCCCAACGGACGCUAAGAAGGAACAGACACCUUUUUACAAUAAUUCUCCAGCUUCAAAGGUAUUGAAGCCAGAACCAGUAUCUAUCGCAACAGAUAGAACACAAGAAGGAAGCUUACCUCAGAAAGAGAAAUCCCCUGAGAAACCUAAGUCUUCUGAGCAGGAAAAACCUGCAACUCAUUCUUCUUCAACUACGGCAGCUACGACAACUAUUGCUACCAGCAAUAAGGAAGACUCAUCUGCGGCUAAGACAUCUCCUAAGUCGUUAGGUUUAAAGCAAUCCGUCGAAAAACUAUCUACAUUGGUUCUACAAUUGGAAGAUGUAGUUGAUAAAUUAAUGAAAGCAAAUCUUGACAAGGAUGAGCGUCUGUUCGAGUUGGAACAAAAAAUUAGCGAACUAUCAAAAUUAAAGUGA